AUGUUUCUUGCCAGGGCGCUAGAUGGGAACUCGCGCCACCUCCGACGUAUACCGUACCUUAUUCUUUCGAAAGCCCCGAUACCGACGAGACACCCAGCCCAUCCAAGCCCACACGUUUCUUUUCUUUUGUUCCGAGAUGACGACACUGGGAAGAAGGAAGCCGGGCGUGGCCCUCUUGCCGGACAGCCCCUGCUCUUCAAGGGCAACAAGGCCAAGAUCAAGGAGGAGGACGAAGUGAAGCUCGAGCCGGGUGAGGACAAGUCACGGGUAAAGACACGUGACAACAAGGACUUGCAGUACCACAACAUCACCGAGCAAGUCAUGACGAAGAACGAGAUUGAAGAAAAGAUCAAAGCAGAAGCUGAGAUCGAUGAGUACGAGGAAGGCAAACUGGACCGUGACUGGUACAUGGCCGAAGAAGGUGGGGCUGCUCAGGGCAUGGACGCGAUGGACCCAGUGCAGGAGGCCGAGAAGGAAGAGAAGAAGAAGCGCCAAUUGGCUUCGGUUGCCCGGGUGAAUAUCCGGCAGCAGCAAAAAAACGAAGCCAACGAGCUUUGGGAGCUUAACAGGCUCGGGGCCAUGGGUUUGGCAGAGCGGAAGGAGGUAAACUUGGACUUCUCCAAAGAGGACGAAGAGAAGCGUGUUGCCGUUGUUACCCGGGACACGACGCCACCGUUCCUGGACGGCCGCAAGGUCUUCACCACACAAACAGAGGCAGUGAGUGCCGUCAAAGAUCCGACGUCCGACAUGGCUGUCUUCUGCAAGCAGGGCUCGAAGGUGGUCAGACAAGUGCGUGAGGAGCAAGACCAGAGCAAGUUCCGGCAACGUUUCUGGGAACUUGCAGGCUCCAACAUGGGCAACGUGAUGGGCGUCAAGAAGAAGACGGACACGGAUAAGCAGGAGGACGACGUUUCAGACGAUGAGUUUGACCACAAGGCCAGCAACCAGUACGGCCAAGCCUUGAAGAACCAAAAGACAGAGGCCCAGUCGGAAUUUGCGAAGACGCGGUCGAUCCAGCAGCAGAGACGAAGCCUUCCUGUCUUCAAGGUGCGGGAAGAGCUCAUCGACCUUCUGCGUGAGCACAACGUCAUGAUUUGCGUCGGCGAGACUGGAUCGGGAAAGACGACACAGCUCACUCAGUACCUGCACGAAGCUGGCUACUCGGUGAACGGCCAAAUCGGAUGCACACAGCCUCGCCGUGUUGCAGCUGUGUCCGUGGCGAAGCGCGUCGCGGACGAGAUGGGCUGUGAACUGGGCACAAAGGUGGGCUACUCCAUUCGGUUCGAGGACUGCACCAGCGAGUCGACUAUCAUCAAGUACAUGACCGAUGGCGUGCUUCUGCGAGAAACCUUGUUUGAGCCGGACUUGGACAGAUAUUGUGCGGUCAUCAUGGACGAAGCGCACGAGCGCUCGCUCAACACAGACGUCUUGUUCGGAAUCCUGCGGACUGUAGUUGGCCGCCGGCAUGACUUCAAGCUGAUCAUCACGUCAGCCACCAUGGAUGCAGACAAAUUCGCGGCGUUCUUUGGCAACGUGCCUGUCUUUAACAUCCCAGGUCGAACGUUUCCUGUGGAUACCUUCUAUGCGAGAAGUACAGCUCAGGACUAUGUCGAUGCCGCAGUGCAGCAGGCGAUCGCAAUCCAUGUUGGUCAGGAUCAGGGAGAUGUCCUGAUCUUCAUGACUGGGCAAGAGGACAUUGAGGCCACGUGCGUUUUGCUAGCGGACCGCAUCUCACAGGUUGGUGAGAAUGUGCCGCCCGUGUCCAUUUUGCCGAUCUACUCGCAGCUCCCCUCGGACUUGCAGGCCAAGAUUUUCGAGAGCAGCGACAAACGAAAGGUGAUCGUGGCCACAAACAUCGCAGAGACUUCGCUCACGGUGGAUGGCAUUAAGUAUGUGAUCGACACAGGCUACUGCAAGCUCAAGAUCUACAAUCCUAAGAUGGGUAUGGACAGCUUGCAGGUGACACCCAUCUCACAA